AUUAGCUAAACGAAAUUAAUUACUACUGCGCUUCAUAUUUUGUUUGUGUUUGUACGCGUGUGUUUUUUGACUACAAAUUGUAUUGAAUUUAACACAAAAUUUUAAUAAAUUUCAUGGAAGACGUCAUUGUUUUAAGCAGUGAUAGCGAAUCAUCAACCAGUUCCGGAUCAGACAUGGAUAUUGAAGCAGUUGAAAUUGAAAACACCAGCGAAACCAUUGUGCCCAAGGACAAUGCAACCAUUGCUGAAGAAAAGAAAAACCUUGGCAACGACCAAUACAAAGCACAAAACUAUCAGUCCGCUUUGAAAUUCUAUUCGGAUGCCAUUUCACUAUGUCCCGAUUCGGCCACCUACUAUGGCAAUCGUGCCGCCUGCUACAUGAUGUUGUCCAACUAUACGAAUGCAUUAAAUGAUGCCCGUACCGCAGUGCGUUUAGAUCCUAAAUUUGAGAAGGCGUACGUGCGCAUUGCCAAAUGCUGUGUAGCCAAGGGUGAUAUUAUUGGCACCGAGCAGGCCAUCAAGCGUAUUGAAGAGAUAGAUGCUCAAAGUAAUGCUGUCAAUACGGAAAAACAGGCCGUACAACAAUUGCGCCAAUUAGAACAGACCAUACAGACUAAUUGCGAAGCAAAAGCUUAUCGUAAUGUUGUUUACUAUUUGGACUCGGCCAUAAAACUAGCGCCAGCUUGUUACAGAUACCGUCUUUUAAAAGCCGAAUGUUUAGCUUAUUUGGGACGCUGUGAUGAAGCCGUUGACAUUGCCAUUAGUGUUAUGAAGUUGGAUAGUACCUCGGCUGAUGCCAUCUAUGUGCGCGGCUUGUGCUUCUACUACACCGACAAUUUGGAGAAGGGUAUUAAACACUUUGAAUUGGCCUUACAAUUGGAUCCCGACCAUAAAAAGGCCAAAGAGAUGCGCACCAGAAGCAAAACCCUUAAGGAUAUGAAAGAGAACGGCAAUGUUCUGUUCAAAUCGGGACGCUAUCGUGAAGCUCAAGCUGUCUACACGGAUGCCUUAAAAAUUGACGAAUUCAACAAGGACAUCAACUCCAAACUUUUGUACAAUCGUGCUUUGGUGCAAUCGAAAAUCAACAAUUUGCGCGAAGCAGUGGCCGAUUGUUCACGCGUUUUAGAAAUCAAUGACAAAUACUUGAAGGCUCUAUUGUUGCGUGCUCGUUGCUACAAUGAUCUAGAGAAGUUCGAUGAGUGUGUCAAUGAUUAUGAGACCGCCUUACAAAUCCAAAAAUCUGCCGAGAUUAAGAAACUGUUGCGUGAUGCGAAAUUCGCAUUGAAGAAAUCAAAACGUAAAGACUAUUACAAGAUUUUGGGUAUCACACGCAGCGCUGGCGAAGAUGAGAUUAAGAAGGCCUAUCGCAAGAAGGCUUUAGUUCACCAUCCCGAUCGUCAUGCCAACAGUUCGCCCGAAGAGCGCAAAGAGCAGGAAUUGAAAUUUAAGGAGAUUGGUGAGGCUUAUGCGAUCUUAUCGGAUCAACGGAAAAAGAUGCGUUAUGAUAGCGGUCAAGAUAUGGAGGAACAUGAACAGGCUGACUUUGAUCCCAAUCAAAUGUUCCGUCACUUCUUCCAAUUCGGUGGUGGCCCCACUGGCCAAUCAUUUGGUUUUGAAUUUUAAACAAAAAAGCUAAAGAAAAAAGUUGCGUUAUUACUGACAUCUACAAAAAAGAAAAACAAAAACUCUUGAAAACAACCAACUACACCACCCGCCGUCGUCGUUGUCAUCCUUAAACAUCCCUAUUAAAUGUUAAACUCAACAAGAACAACAGCAACAACCACAUAAAACGCAACAACCAACUAAAAACUUUAAAAAUUAAUAAUAUUAUUUUGCAUGUUCAUUAAAAUUAAUAAAUAAAUAAAUAAUAAAAAAAACAGAAACAAAUAUUUAAAAACAAAAACAUAAUUUAUGAAUUUAAAUAAAACUUUAAACAAAAAUUUAAUAAAAAAAAAACUCAAGAUAUUCCAACAAAUGCCACGACAGACAACAACCACAAAAGAAAUUAAAUAAACGUCAUGUUAGAAAAUAUCAAAUAAAUGUGGACUUAAUAGAAAAACCCACUCUUCAAAGCAAGAAAUAAAAUUGUUAAAAUAAAAACAAACAAAAUACUAAUAAAUAUAUAAAACAAAUAUCAAUAUAACUGAGAAAAGCAAAAAAAAAAUAAACUAAAAUAUAAUAAUAAAUAAAUAAAUACCUUCUAGAAAAACCACAAAUUAUACUUAGAUUAAACCUAGAUUUUACAAAACAACACAAUGAAAACAAACAAACAAAAUAACAACAAAAAGGAUAAAAGAAACAAGAAAAUCCAGAAUUUAUUAAAACGAAAUUGUAAUUUAUUUUAAAAUGAUUUCUUUUGGUUUGUCACAGGAUUUCACACAAAUUCUACUGUCUUGCAGCAAAUAUUCAUUGUAUAAUUAUAAGAUUUUUUUUUUACUUACUUGUUGUGUUGUCCUGCCCUCCUGCUCUUGCAGCAACAAACUUCAUUAAUUUUUCAUGUUUCUUUAGCUUCUUUUAGUUAUAAGUAUCUUUUUUUUUUGUAUGCUUUUCAAAUUAUUAUUACUAUUAUUUUUAGAGACGUAAGAAUUUUUCUUUUUCUUUAUUUUUAAUUUUAUGCAAGCAAAUCAUUUGUUAGUUUUGUUUUGUGUAUGACUAUGAUGAAACAUUUAUUUUGUUUGUAAAUUCUUUUAAAUUUUAAUUAAAACAUCUAGUUUGACAACUACUAGUUGCUUUUUUAGUGACUUUAGCUGUUGAUUCUUUUAUUUAAAAAACUAAUUUUUGGAUUUUUCUGGGAAAUUAUUAGAACAAUAAAGGAUUUUAAUGUGAAAUUUAUUUCAACUAAUUCUGGAAUGUAGAAUUUUUUGUCUCUGAGAAAACUAUUAAUGAGUUUCGCUGGGCAUUAGUGAAACAUUAGGGGCCAAUCAGAACUCUUAGGCAUUUAGUGAAAUUUUGAGCCAUCAUGUUUUUUUUUUUAAUUCAAUUUUGGGUUUCUUACACUGUAGUAAGCAUUUGAAAAUAUGAUCAAAAUAAACUGUGUCCGAAAACAAUGUUGCUGUGCGAGGUCUUACAAUGUAAGAUUUAGGUGUGACUUAUCCUGUAAUUGAAUAUAGAUUGGUUUUAUGUUACAUGAUAAUACUUUUAGUAUUCAAAGUAUGGUUGUCAAAAAAAUGUUUCCCGUUGAAAUCUGCAUGAAAGAAAAGUCUCAAAAAAGUCAGAAGAGCAACUGCCAUUAAUUGAUCUAAAUAGGUAGAAUUAAACGAAAACUGUAUCAAAUAUCGUAAUUAGCUAGUUUUCACUUUGUUCGCGAGCGAUUUAAUUACAACUCAAUGGGUCAAAGUUUUUUCCCCUGGAAAAAUCAAUCGAUCAGAGUCGAAAUGUUACAACAAUAACUGUAUGUUCUAUCAGGAAUCAGAAAUAAUCGUUUUCACUUUGUUUUUUAGUCACAACUCAUUUGAGACAACUAAUUUGUCCUCUUAUGUUAUAUUAAAAGAAAGGAUACAAGAGGACAAUCUCCAAAAAAAAAAAUAGCCUGGAGAACAAAAACUAAACACCAAUCAAUCACUAUAAAAACGAAAAUUUUUAUCAGGGAUCCAAAAAUAAUCGUUUUCACAUUGGGCCUUUUCGGAAAUGCAUCACUGCGCUGCAUUUGAUGCGCAUCUGUGAUUAGUUUGCGAUGCUGAUGUAAAUUAGCUGAUGCUGAUGCGCAGACAAUGGGCCUUUUCGGAAAUGCAUCACUGCGCUGCAUCUGAUGCGCAGUACAUUCUAAAAUGCAAAAGUUGCCAACACUGCCCAUUUUUGUGAUGUUUGAUCGUUUUUUGCGCAUCAUCUGUUUCACUGUUGCUUUUUAGAACUCAAGACAUUUGCAGUUUUGCCAACUUUUGCAUUUUAGAACGUACUGCGCAUCAGAUUCAGCGCAGUGAUUCAUUUUCGAACACGCCCAUUGUUUGCGAAGGAAUUAGUUACAGGAUCCACUAAUUUGGUGCUUUUCUCCCAAAAAGCAUAAAGAACAAAAUGUAGACAGCAAUCAACUACUGUAUUAUCUGCGAUAGACAAAUGUUUGUUUUCACUUUGUUCGCUAGCGAAUUCGUUAAAGUUUAGGCUCCACACAUUUUGUAGUUUUGAGAUACCUACGGGCUAAUUCUCGCAUUCGUAUACUAGCGAAUGUGAUACUAGCCAAUGUGAUUCGUAUUAUUUUUGGGAUUCUCUAUCGAAUAAAAUGUAUAGAAAUUUAUAAUUUCUAGCGGGCUAGUUUUCUCUCGAAUUCUAAUAAGCUUUCGAAAUUUAUUUUGGUUACGAAAUGGGAGAAUUUGUCCCCUGAAAAGAAAAGAUGAAAGGAGAAGGCAAUCUCUAAAAAAACAAAACUGAAGAACAAAAAAUAAACAGUCAUCACCUACUGUAUGAAUAUAAAAAUGUAGAAUUAAUGGAAUGUUCUAUCAGGAUUCUAUUUUCGUUUUCACCUUGCUCGCUAUCGAUGUUAGUUACAGCUCAUUUGGGUCAACUAAGUUUAAACUUUGUGUUAUCUAAAAAGAAUACAUAAAAAGAAACAGCGAUAGUUAAGUAUAGAAAUAUAAAUUGAAUUAGAAUUCAAUUCAGAUAUCGUUGAGUGGUGUGCUGGCACAAGCACCAAAUUGCCUCAUAUUACUCAGUUUUGAGCGUUGUAGUCGCCAUCAUACAGGCCUGUGACAGAAUUCCAUUUCGAUCGAAAGUGGAAUUAAUUCCGUAUUUCUCGUUUUCAGAAAAAGUAAAACGAAAAUUUCUUUCGGAAUGAAAUCACUUUCAGUUUUACUAAAAUGUUUUUUUUUAAUCAAUUUCUGUAGCACAAAACUUCACUUUUUUUUUAAUAAAAAAAAACACACUGUCAAAUUAAAAUCUGAAAUACAGAAUUAUUAAAUAUAUUUAGAAUUAACAAAUUAUACGGGAUCUGAAGAGCCUAAAACGAAAUCGAUCAGAAUAAAAACUACGGAAUUGAAACCAUUCCAAACUAAUUGUGUGACUGCAUUGAUAUUGUUUUUUUUUUUUUGAAAAAAUAAAGUUCUUAACUGUACGAGUAUCCAACUGUCACGCCCAGACGAUUUAUAGUUUUUGAACUGUAGAUAAGUCCUUCAAACUCAAAUAUGAGCUCCAAAAAGUGCGCACAUAAAUAUUAUAAACAAGCAACUGUAGAUAACAUCCUUUAAAACUGCCACAAAAUUUCAUGGAUGUGAAGCAUUUUUGCUUACAUUAAAUUAAUACAAUGGGAUAUUUUAUAAAGCUUAAUUAAUGUAUAAAACAUUAAUUCGUUUAAGGCUAGAAAAAAUAUAGCGAAUUACAUUUGAUUGCAAUUUUUGCCGCAUACAUCAAUAAGUCAUACAAGCGAAUAAUAUUUUUUUUAAUUAAGACUUGACAAAGCCAAUAAUACUUGAAAAACAGGUUAUUUUCAAAAUCAUCUAUCAACUUACGAAUAAUGUUCGUCAGGAGAAUUUAUUACAAAAAUUUUCUAUCAAGGAACGAAGAAUUAUAGUGAGGAUAUAAUUCGAGCAUAUAUAAUUUAAAAUUUCAAGGCAGUUGAUUGAAAUCGUUUUUAAAAACAAAUAGCAUUGAAACAAAAAAUACUUUUGAUGAAUUUACUUGUUUCGUUCUGAUACAUUUAAACCAAUUUUAGUCACAUUUGUUGACUAAGUUAUUUUCAAUUACUUGAUAUUUGUCAUCUGGGCUGUAUUAUGGAAGAAAAUGAUAACCCGCUAAUCUAACCAAAUUCAUUACAAUCUUUCAAAUUUAUCAUUUUGAAAACGAUCUAUCUCCAUCACAUACAGUUAAUUCAUAUUUAUUCUUGAUAAAAUUCUUAAUGCUAAAUUGGCAACUGUUGUGUGGAUCUUUCAAGAUGUUUUAAAUUAAACAUGAGUUUUAUGAAUCAAACGAUAACUUGUUAAUUCAAGUUACAUAGUCUUGAAUUCGCUCGGAAGUGAAAUUUUUAUUCGCGAAUUUAAAAUAAAUGUCACGCAAAUUUCCAAAAAAAAAGAAAUUAUGUAGUAAAUAUUAUGUAGAAGUAACCUAAUAACUUCUAGAAACUAAUAAGCUGCCAACUGUUUAAAGAACUGUCAAAUCCAACAUUGGUUGUUGUAUGAAAAACAGCUUGCCUUCACUUGACUUUGGAUGAUCAUAUCGGUUAAAUGAGCGUUUAUAUUGUUGAUAAACGAUCUGGCGAAAACUUUGGGUAAUAAGUUUUGGUAUUCUUGUCGGCUAUUCUCAUUAAGAACUUUCAGACACUGUGGCUUGUUCACAUACAUCCGUGACUUGAAAAAAAGAACGAUAAAGUAUGAAAUCUGAAACUAUAAUUCAAGCGAUCUUGCCGGUCACUGUAAAUCUUCAAAACAAGAACGCAUUCUUCAAAAUAUCCAUUGUCUCUCAAUAGUGUGUGUGCAUUGUAACCAUCAGUUCCUAUUCAUCAAUUUAGAGCAAUAAAAACUGUCCCAACAUGGUUCUGUGUAACAGUGUUACACUCGACAUACAUAUUUAAAAAAAAUCAAGUCCGAUCCGACAUAUGUAACUUCUGACAAAUAUUCAUGCAUGUUUUCGUUGUCCAAAUUUUUAAAAUUUAACUCAAAUGACUGUUCGGUUCUACAGACCGAAUCAUGACUUUGUGGGUUACUCCUUAACUCGAUUCGUAUAUUUGAAUUUGUAUGCUGAAUGUAUUGUAAUUCUUCAUUUUAGCUAUUUGUUUUUAAAUUUUAAAUUUUUUUCUAAUUUCUUGCUAUUUACUAAUAAUUUUUAAUUAAAUUACUCAAAAAUUUUUUAGUUUUAUUAGAAAAAAUUCAGUUUUAAAUUUGGUUGUAUCCUUUAAAAAAUAAAUAUUUUAUUUCUUUGCUAGUUAGAUACAUUUUUAAUAAAUAUCAUUCGAACCUAGCUGCUGGCGUAUACAUAUAUUCAACAUAAAAUCCCUUCAAUUAUCUCAAAUAAAAUGUUUGUUUUGCGAAAUUCUUAGUAAAUCUGUUUCAACAUUGCUUCCCAAUUUCUUUCUAAAAUAUUUUAGUUCUUCACUAGUUAGAUAAAUUUUUAAUAAAACUUCUAAUAGAGUAUAGAUUCAAAACAAAUUAUCUUCCAUAAAGCUUAAAUAAAUUAUUUAUUUUUGGGAAUUUCUUAGUAAAUCUGUUUCGCAUGUUUCCUCCAAAUUUCAUUCUUACCUCUUUUACCUCAACUAAAAUCUUAAACAAUUUGUAAAACUACUAUUUUUAAUCUGUUGCUUUUUUUCAGCUAACUAUUUUAUAUUUGUAUUCAUUGAUAUAUCUCUAAUAAUAUUUUUUAAAUAAAAAAAUUACUCAACAUUUAAAAGUAUCUACUAUUUAAUACUUAUAAUAAAUUAAAAACAAAAGAAAAAUAAAAACAAAACUUAGUCAUUUAUCUAAUAUUAAUAGUUAUUGGUUAUAAGGUACAUUGAAAUGAUUAUUAUUAUAAAAAAAUAAAACAAAAUUACAAAGAAUUAGUAAUAUAUACAAAUGGGUAAAUAAAUAAUUAUAAAUAAAAUAAAAA